ACAGCAGCAGCAGUGAUUCGGCGGCUGCGGGAGAAGAUCUGUCGUUUUAAAACCAUGGCGACGCACUAAACGAUGCCUUUGUUGGAGGUAAACGGAGAUGUGAGGAGAAGUGUGUGUCCCAUGUUGCAUUAGUGUCCGUGUGAAAUGCUGGCCUGUCUGCCAGGGCCAGGUGACCUCCCCCUCCAGCUUCUCCCCCACACGCAGAUGAACACUGGACAUCAGAAAUGGGACACCACACAGAGGAUGAGAUCCGCUCCGUUUCCAACCCCUGCAGAAUUGGAUGCUUAUGCUAAGAAGGUUGCCAACAACCCCCUCACCAUCAAGAUCUUCCCCAACAGCGUCAAGGUCCCCCAGCGGAACCACGUGCGGCGUACAGUCAACGGGCUGGACACGUCGGGCCAGCGCUACAGCCCCUACCCUUCCUCUCAGGCCAUUGCCAAGACAGGCCUCCUCGCCAUCAUCAAGGGGCCCACAGUCAAAGGCGUCCUAAAGGAUUUCGACGGCAGCCGGGCUCGCUUGCACCCCGACGUCAUUAUGAACCCCCCCAGCGGACCCUACCAAGUGGCCUCGACAAGCACUUUAAACCACCACCAACCUCUGCCGAACCUUCCCCGGCUCCAGCAGAGCGUACCCCUUCAACCACAGGACCCACCUCAGACUCUACAGAUGCCCCUACAGCAACAGCAGGGUCACACCCAGAGCCUCAGACACCCACCCCACAUGGCCCAGCAUCCUCAGGGCCCACCCAGACUCCAGACUCUGUCUCAGCACCCGGCCCUUGGCCACCCGCAGGGGCCCCCUACCGUCAUGCUUCAGCAGCAGCACCUCCAGCAGCAGCCACUACCUGGCCUGCAGGGGAGCAGAAAGCUGGCAGAUGGCGACGCACCGCCUAAUGUUACCGUCUCUACCUCAACCAUUCCACUCUCCAUGGCCGCCGGGCUGCACCCGGGCCACCAGGCUGACCUGAGCUCCAUUGUGCAUCAGAUCAACCAGUUCUGCCAAGCUCGGGCCCAGGGUGUGGGAUCCACCUCCAUGUGCGAGGGCCAGAUCGCCAACCCCAGCCCGAUCGGUCGCAACAUGCUCAUUAGCGCCUGCUCCAGGGUGUCAAUGCACAGCAACCCUGCCACCCCUAGCUUUCCCCCGGCCAACUGCAUAAUGGGCGCUCAAGAGAAAGCCACCGCCCCGGUGGGAGCUCACCCGCCACACAGCGUGGCUAUUAUGAACCACUUGCCUUCCAACCACACCGAUCUCAAGCAGCAGCAGCAGCAGCAGCACUACCACCACCUGCAGCAGCAACAUCUGCAUCAACAACAGAAUCAGCAGCAACAACAGCUACAACACAACACACAGCAGCAGAAGAUGCGCUCUUGGAAUCAGCACCAGUUGGGUCACGUGCCCCACAUUCAGAACGGUGGGACCCACCUCUGCAAGCAGCCUUCCAGGGACCCCGACUUCCAUUUUAAGGGCAUGGGCUACCCUGCAGAGGUUUGUGUGGGUCAGCCUUACACACUGAAACCCCCCGUAGAGAGGCCCACCCCCUCCCCACCUGUCAACAAUGGCAUGCCCGGCCACAUGGCCCACUACACCAAUGGUCACUACUUCCAGUCCCACAUUUGGAACAGCAGCAUCCUACCCACACCCAACAGUGACAGCUCCGGGUCUCAGGACAUAGCCAUGCCAUUCCACGGUGGGGGCCCAGGGGGGUGCACCACACUAGACUGCGGGCCCCCCGGGGCCCCCCAUUACAGGCUAGGAACGGGCUCCUCCUCAGCCCAGACUAAUCUGAUGCAAACGGCAGAUUACUUGGGUGGGGACUUCCAGACUCCCUACUUCCGCGAUCAGAAUCUAGGGUUGAUGGGCAAGAUGCACAGGCCUCCUCUGAGCAGGGUCGGUCCAGAGGACGGGGACGGCAGAACCGCUCUCCUCCAGCACCCAGGGUACAGAUAAGCUAUGGCCUUGUCUACACAAGAGUUAUCAAAACCCCUUUGUUUAGUCUUAAGAAAGGAAACACAUGAAUAAAACUAGAUUGAUAACUUAAACAAACAACAUAAUGUUA